AUUCAUGCCCGUGUUCAAUCCGGACGCGUUUUUCGAUACAUUCAUUCUAUGGUUGUGUGUGGUUGUUGUUGGCCGCCGGCGUGUUCCGUCGUUUGUCGUUGUAGGCGCAACAGUUGUGGUGGUGUGGUGGUGUGUGAUGUGAUUGCAGCAGCAGCAGCAGCAGCAGCAUCAGCGUGUUGUAUCACAACAAUUAGCAGCCGCCCAACGUGGUCCCGCGAACUUAUUAGCCGCCCGUCAACCGCGCGAGGCAAUCUCAAAUAGCGCCACUUUCGAAUAUUGUCGACCGGUAAAAGGUUGGCGUCUGCGCGGAACAGCCUCAACAUCCGAAUGCUGCGAUGAUUCUCCAUGAACAGAAUUGGUUGUUGAGCUUACAGAAUAAAAAAAAUUAUGCAGUUACAUGUUCGUUCAUUCUAUGCUUCGCUGAAUGCACUCAGAGUAGUCUAAUUUAAUUUGAACUGAAUCGUCGUAUACGAGAAAGCAAUCUAUUCUUGUUCGACGAAUAACUGAUACCGAGAAUGUGUGCAACUGAAACAAAUCAACAAAUAACUUCUACUGAAACUAGCAAUGUCAUUUAGUGGGGCGAGAAAAUAGGAAACACACAAAGAAAAAGAAAUUGAAACAAAAUCAUCCAAAUCCAAAUCAGCUGUGAGAAGCGCGUUAAUGAUUGUUAAAAGUGAAUACUUAAACUGGGCCAUAUACCCACGAGUAAUAAUGGAUUUCGGUCGUAUGAUAACCAAAAGUUUUAAGAAAAAGGGGCCUCAUGAUGAUGGAAUAUCCGGCCGUUAUCAUGGAACAACAGUUUCUGUCAAAUAUUGCUGCCGCAGCCGCCGCCUUUAAACCAAAGGAAGAUUUUCUACCCAUUAACGCGUUAGAGAAAGAUGAAAAACUAUGCGAGUACUAUCGUCGGAUGCCGGUCCUGUACGACAAGAGCCAUCCGCACUACAAGUUCCAAUCGAAGAAGGAAAAAGCAUGGCGAGAGUUGGGACGCCUGUGCGACAUGAACGUGGAUCAGUGCAAGAAGCGAAUGACGUACUUCCGCUGCCGGUUUACCGUCGAGCGACGAAUCAUGAAGAAUGGAGUGAACUGCAGCGAGUGGCCACUGCUCGAUAAGCUCAAGUUCCUCAACAAGCACAUAAAGAUCCGGAGACCGCGGGCGCCCAACGGGGAUGCCGAUCCUGAUACCGACGAUGAGUCCAAUCCGGUGAACGCUCUUCGCAAACGUCAGAUGGAGGACGCCAAGGACGAUCUCCACGCGUACCUGGAUCUACAACAGGUGGCAGCUGCCCAGAACCCACAAGCCCAACUGCACUACCAAGCGCAGCAGGCGAAACUGCAGCAACAGUAUCCUCACGCGCAACACCAAGGUCCGCCCGGGUUCCAUCCCGGACAGGAAUUAUCAAUGCACCACCUUCAAUCACCUCACGUGGCCGGACAGCAGGGGGGAACACCCCACGGGGCCCGAGAUCACCAUCAUUCGUCCCAGAUGGGACCGAACCCACUGGCGGUUUCGCAUGCUGCCUAUCGGGCGGCGGGCAUCUCACACCCGACUCCAGCCGAAUCGCCCAUACCGGCCUCCAACGUGGAGGCAUCGUACAACGUACCAAAGCGCCAGCGGCUCAACUUUGACAUGGACGAGGCAGCGUCCGUUUCGAACUACAAUCUGAACCGUACCGUGAAGUAUCAAAACAAUUUGGAUCACGCGGUUAACCUUGACGAGCACGGCGCGUUCGGGUUGUAUGUGGGGGAAAUUCUGAGGAAGCUGCCCGAGCGGUUGGGAUCGCUGACCUCGUUGAAAGUAAUGCAAUUGCUGCACGAAGCACAGAUACAAUCGAUGGACAUGACCUCUGCCAGCAGCAACGCUGGGAAAAAGGAAAGUUCAGCCAACAGUUCGACUGGAAGCGUGGAACGCAAAUCGACCGAUAGCAACGAAAGCGCCAGUAAGGAGUAAACAACAGCUGAGAAAUGCCAUCCGACUUCACUUCAUGAGGCCGACCGGUCGAUGAAUAGCUCGAAGAAUGUAUAUUUAUUAAACAAAAACAGUGGUGUAGCAGAAACUUCCAUUUCGAUAGUUUAAUUUCCGACGAUCGAUCUAACCAAUUGAAAUGCAAAUAGAAUUUGUGAAUUUCGGAUCCUAAUUCAGGAACUUGAAUUGCAAUCAACACUAGAGAAGAGUGUUUCCUUUUUUUUCAUUAUAUGAAAUCAUUUGAACAACAAAACGUUAAAGAAAUUUUUAUUUUCCACUACACACAAAGCACCAUGUAUCUAUACUUUUCCUCAGUUCUGAUAGUUUCAUAGGUUUUGUGGAAUGUAGCAAGUGUAAAUUAAUUAGUAAUGAUUUAACAUACUUCAUAGAAACUAUACAAAGAAUACUAUAUAGCAAUCCAAAUAAAUGUGAAUUAUGUUAACC